UACCGAAGUUCUCGGAUCGCAAUGCCCGUAUUGCUUGUGUCUCUGGUCGCACCUGAUGCGCGCGCGUGAAGUUCGUUUUGGUGUUAAAGUCGGCAAUAACAUUAUACUAUUAUUACACAUUUUUACCUGAUAUACACACGCGCGAAUAUUGUAGGUAUAUUAUUUCAUUAUAAUAUCGUGAUUUCGUCGCUAAUUUCAACUUUUGUUUGCCGCCACUGUCAUGAAGAAAUCGAUCGCUGUCGGCCACGGGCUGACGAUACUGUGCGUAUUCGCGACGGCCCAAGUUAUGUGCAGUCAAGACAAUAACAACGAAGAUGCUGAGGUGUACGAAGCAAUCAGCGAGAAUAGGGGAGGAAUGUUAACACAAAUGAUCGCCAGCAACGGAUUGGCAAGCGCGUCGAAAAAGUUGCACAUUACGCCGCUCAUUAUGUCUGAUCUGAAUCCGCCAACAGACGAUGAUAAUGACGAUGUCACCGACGACGCCGAGGAACAGCAACAGAAAUACUGCCGACGUCCAAGUCCCCGAGUACUUGCUUCCCUGGCACAGGAAGUGGACAAUACCGGAACAGGAAUUAAAGGUAAAUGGAACAUGUCACAGGCUAAGGACGAUCAAUCAGAAGUCGAUAACGCCAAGUGUCGAUCCACGAACGAUGACGGUCAGGAGUUCGGAUACCAGCCGCGUAGUCGAUUAAAUUCAGUGUCUGGAGGUUCGAGACGCAGACGUAACAUGCUUCAGAAUGCGCCAGCUGAAGACUCUCGACCGGUGGUUAUGGCCUAGCUGUAAAUUCCUACCACCGAUGAGUGGUUAUUAUUGUACACAAUAAUCCUAUAACAUUUUAUACAUAAUUAUAAAACAUAAAAUAAAUCAAUGAAAAAUAUUA